AUGGCUGCGCAGAGUGGACCCGUGUUGCACGGCGACGACAUGAAGACAAUGAACUCCGGACUGGAAGACGAUACCCUAGAUCAGAUCAGGUCAAAUGGUUCUACCCCUACGCCGACUGGAAUCGCAACACCUGAACCUGAUCCGGCCGACAAACGUCUGCCUUCCAUUAUGCACAACUACUUCCAGGUUGGUUCUCUCUCCGGUGAUAAAGCGAGUCUACCGCGGUUAUGGUCAUGUCUGUCGAAACCCUCUGAGGACCUUCAAUCAAAUGCGCAUACCCAACAUUCCUCCGAUUCCUCCGAGUCUUUUGUCAUGAUGGAGCAGGAAGAUGGGUCUGAUAAGAUGGAUGAACACCCCAGUCUGCCCACCCCUCCACACUCUUUGUUACAGCACGAGUCAGAUGAGAUGGAACUUGGGACGAGUCCAGGAGUGUCCUCUAUCUUUACAACGCUGAAGAAUUACCUCAUUUCACCCACACAAACUCCCCCAGAAGACUCUCCUUCCCGCCGGCAAACCUCCCUCCCAGUAUCCAGCGUCUCCGAUGACCCCGUUCUUGCCACACACUUCUCUAUUCCAUCCCUACCUCCUGUUGCCUUUUCCUUGACUGAAGCUCCCCUCCUCGACCAUGAGAAACCGCAUGUCUUAGUAUCUUCUGAGAACGUAGCCAAGCUAACUGAACACGCGCCCGAUGGGUCGCGUCUUAAGAAUACCCCACCUCUUACCCCCCGGGCCAUGUCCAACGAGGUCCCAGCCGCCCAGGAAAAGGCCGCCACUUCGACCCCGCAAGAGAGCCCGCAAGAGACUCCACAGUCGGAGUCAAAGCCGGACAUCGAAACCUCCACGGACGAGAUCACCAUGAAACUCGAUGAAGCAUUCCCAUCCCAGUCCCAGCCUGAGACUGCGCCUACGCCUGCUGCAACAUCAACAUCCCCGGCUAACGGUGCGCCCACAGGCCCGAUCAAUGGCAAAUUGUUUGUGAAGAUCACGGAUGGUCGAGGAUUGCGGCCAAGUUUCGAUCCGUAUGUGGUGUGUGUAUUCGAAUGGAAUGAGUACAUCUCCAAAGGUGCUCGUGACGGCGAGGAGGAAAAGAAACGGCGCCAGCUGGAGUCAGAUGCCGAGGAGGCUGCUGGUCGGCCUAUGGCCAUUCCUUUGAAGACCCGAUCCAGCUCUCACAACAGUGCUGUUGAGGGUGAUCACAAGGGGCGGACGCCCGUGACCGACCCGCACUGGAAUCACGAGGCCACCUUGUAUGUUACCCCAACCCAGCUCUUUAACUUGGAUCACUCACUAACAUGUUUUGUUAAGUGA